UGUGUGUGCGUGGUAGCGUUGGCGUUAACGUGCGUGAAGUUGUCAGAGGGGAUGCAGGAGUAGCAACAACAGAAAAGACUUCAGUCAUUUAAGCUCUGAAAUCUGAAUCGUAACAGUUACUGAUGAGAGCUGAGUGGUCGUUGACUGUGGAGUCACUAUGAGUCUGGCUCUUCAUGAUCUCCUGGUCUGCUGCAGAGGGCUGGAGAAUGACAAAGCAACAGAGAGGAAGAAAGAGGCAGAGCGCUUCAGAAGACUCCUUAGAACUCCGGCAGUUGUGCAGGAGCUGGAUUGUUCCUCAGGAGCUAAAUCCUCCAAACAACUCACAUGGGAUGCUGUUUUCAGAUUUCUGCAGCGAUAUGUCCAGAAGGAGACAGAAAGCAUGCAGUCAAGCAAAUCAGUCACAGCAACAUCGCUGGCCACACGGAAGAAGAAGAUGGCUGAGAUGUGCAGUUUGAUCAAAUACUUCAUUCGCUAUGCAAACAAACGUGGGCCCCGGCUUAAGUGCAGUGAGCUGCUGAAGCAUGUGAUGGAGGUGCUGCAAAGUUCAUACAGCUGUUCAGCUUAUGGAGAGGAUUAUAGCAGCCUCCUAGUGAAGGACAUCCUCUCUGUCCGCAAAUACUGGUGUGACAUCACUCCACAGCAGUGGCACAACCUUUUGGAGCUGUACUGUGGCUUAUUCAAUUCUUCGUCCAAAUCCAUCAACCGUGUUUUGGUGAGCAGAGUCAUCCACAUGGUGGUCCAAGGAUGCUGUGUGCAGACUGAUGGAUUUAACAACGCUCUAUUCAGCUUCUUUGCCAAAGCACUGCUUAAUGCCAGGCAGGAGAAACACUUGACUGUUUUGGAGCACCUCAUCUCGGCUCUCAACAUAUUCUUGAGAUCUUCGGCUAUGAACUGUCGGACGAGGGUGUGCCAUCUGGGAGAGGAGCUUCUGCCUUCAAUACUGUAUGUGUGGGUGGACAUGAGGCCCAGUGCUGCUCUCAAAGAGGAUAUCGUGAAUUUCUUCAACCUACAGAUUUGUGUUCAUCAUCCCAAAGGAGCCAAGACUCAGGAUACAGGUGCCCAUGCUGAGGAUUGGACAAAGUGGCGGAGUCAGCUGUACAGCCUGUAUGAUGCUUUGGUGAGAGAGAUCAGUCAUAUAGGCAGCAGAGGGAAGUACGUCACUGGGAUGAGACACAUAGCAGUAAAAGACAAUCUCAUUGAACUCACAGCUGACAUCUGUCAUCAGCUGUUCACCGAUUACAAUGACACCCACAUUAUGGAGGUGACCCAGGCCUCUGUAAGAGCUACGCAGAUGGGCAGUCCCACCCAUGGAGCAGCCAGCAAGCGCCGACGCAUUGAAAUGGGCUGGGACAUCCUCCGUGACCAUCUGCAGCCUCAGCAUAGUGAUUUUGAUGUCAUACCAUGGAUGCAGAUCACUGCAGUGCUCAUCUCCAAGUAUCCAUCUAUGAUACCCUGCCAGGAGCUGGUCCCACUACUCUCAGCAUUGUACCAGCUCCUGGCUGAGCAGCGCAGGGGAGAACGGGGGCCAUAUGUGCUGCGCUGUCUGAAAGAAGUGGCCCGGUGCCAGACCCGCUACCCAGAGAGAGCCCAGGUUCACAGGGCUGAGUUGGGAAGGCUAUGGGGUCGGGUGUGGGCCCUUGCACUGCGAGGGGUGAGCUCACCACAGAUGGAGACCUACAGCCUAGAACUACUGGCCUCCAUUGUCCAUGGUGGACUCAUUAAUAUCGACCGAGAGUUCUGGAAGCUUUUUUCUGCCUCAGCUUGCAAAGUGUCACAAAAUGCUGCUAUGUGUCUCUUGCAAGCUCUGCUGAAAUGUCCAGUCCCAAAAAGUCUCACCCUGAAGUCAGGCUGGGACUAUGUAGGGAUCACAGAGGGAUCUGGAUCUCCAAACCUGAAGGAGACCCUCAUAGCCUGGCUGCUGAUGAGUGAUCAGAGUGAUGAGAUGGAAGAGAGCUCUCGACCUCACCCCAUAAUUUGCAGAGACUUUCACUACGGUCUAAUAUCAAACAUCCUGAUCUCCCUGACCCUGAAAGACAACAGAGCUGGCCUUGUUUUUUUGCUGGGUGCUGAAGGAGAUGAGAGUGCCUUUCUUCAAGAACAAUCAUCACCAUUUGAUGCCAAAGACAAUCUGGAAGAGAUCGAGAGGCUGUACUUACAGUUCAGCUUUAAUGCGCUGCCCUCAGAGAUCGGAGGGACAGAGGAGUCACUGAAGACAACAUCAGCUGAUGGCCAGUUCACGUCUGUCCCCAGUCUCAGAAACAAGUUGGAACACUCCCUGCUUUGUGUGGCUGACACCCUACUCAACUGCUACUCCCCUGAUUCUCUGUCCACACCUCCAGACUGUCUGGUACGCUGUUUGAGUCUGCUGACCGGAGUUCUUGCAGGUUAUGUCUACACAGGCGUUCUGACUAAAGAAGACGCCUGCCACUCACAACUGUUUACGAAGGCAAAGACUGUGGCCCAAGACUUAACUGGGUUUAUUUCAAGUGUGAAAGUGAAGAUGACAGAGGAUGGAACCAUGGCUGCACUGAGGUCUGUCAUGAGGCUGUGCAUUCAGUCAGCCAGCAUGAAAAGCAAGGACAAUGUUUGUGCUAUCUCCUCGAGUCUGUUCACUAUGAUACUGCCAGCCAGCCUACUCAGUGAACUUGCAGAGAUCUCCAAACUUUUGCUAAGUAGUGUGUCUAAAAGAGUGAUUUCUUUGGAUGAAGAGGAUCACAGAGAUGAUGACUUUGAUAUGACCAGGACUCAACAAGGGGACGAUAUUGAUCUGUUUGAGGAUGGCGAAGAGUCCCACAGCAGCAAUGAUGGGACCCACAGACACAAGGGAGACAACACAGAUGCUUCCUGUGGGCCAGGAGCCAAAUGCCUGUUAGCAGAGGACUAUUUGGUGCAGCAGGACUUGGCUCUUCUCACGAUUUUGGACUUCUUGUGUGAGUGUGGCUCUGUCCAGCACGUCCAUGCUCUGCUUUUCAAACCCCAGGAUGUGCGGCGCAAGCUGCUGCUGUUGCUGGAGCAGAUUGACUUCAGCAAACCACUGCAUCUUAACAUGUAUCUUGUUCUACUCAAGAAGCUUCCUGCUGAGGACUCGCUCUCUCCUGAGGAAUUUGAUUCACUGCUCCGUCCUCUGGCAGACCUGUGUGGCUUAUACCGUCAAGAUCAAGAGAUCUGUGCUGCUGCGCUGCUGAGUUUGUUGCCCUCCAUCAAGAGCCUGGGGAAAACCCACCACUUGCCUGAGGAGAUGAGACAUGUUCAGGGAUCCCUGCUGCAAGUGCUGUCUGGAUUCUGUUUCCUGAGCCAAACAGGGAAAUGCAUAGCAAUGGUGCGAGCUGCUUUAGUGCAGUGUCUGGUGGCUUUACUGGAGGCAGACCCGUGUUGUAAGUGGGCACUCCUAAGUAUCAGAGGAUCUGAGAACAGUCCAGUAUCCAACAUCCUUCCCUCUCACCUGGCAGACAACCACCACCAAGUCCGCAUGCUGGUAGCCAUGUCAGUGGGGAGAUUGUUUCUGGAUGUGAAACCAGAGCUUCCUGACAAAAGGAAGAUGCUGCCAUUGAAACACCAGCAGGCUGCUUUUGAAAAUGUUUACCUGAAGGCUCAGGAGGGAAUGAGACUCCCUAGAGGCAGUUCUACAGAGGAGCAGCCGGACGAGGCGUUCAACCGCAAGGCCACAUUGUUGAAGAGUUUGUCUGUGGUGAUGUGUUGUAGCCCGGUGUGUGAGAAACAGUCUCUGUUUGCCCUCUUUCAGUCCUACAAGGAGAACAAUAUUGAGGAACAGCUCAUUAAAAAGAUGUUGUGCAGUGUAUCCAGAGCGCUGGGCUACAAGAGUGUGAAAACAUUUGUCAGUUCACACUUUCACUACUUGGUGGCAGAGUGGCUCGCGCAGAGACAAUCUGAUGAUCGCUACACUCUUGGCUCUUUCCCCUACAUGUUACUAGACCAUGACACUGUCAAAGAUUUCUAUAAUUCUUCCUACCAUGUAUUGAUCCCUCGCUUGGUCUUCCUGGAUGACUUUGAGCAGGUGAAGUCUAUCAGCAGGUAUCUGGAGAAGGACUGGAAAGAGCUCCUGGCCAACUGCUUCCCUAAAAUCAUGGUCAACAUCCUGCCGUACUUUGCUCUUUCUGGCCAGGACUUACAGGUUGCACAGCAGAGAGAGACAGCCCAUAAAGUGUAUGACCUGCUUAAAGAUUCCAACUGUCUUGGGAAACAGCAAAUUGACAACCUCAUCCACACUAACCUGGCAGACAUAGUGGUGGAGCUCCUGAUGACACUGUAUGAAAGAGGUGGAGAUGAAGGAGCCAGAGAAGACCUGAAACGCUUUAUAGGUGAACUUGACCCUGUACCAGACCCACCAUACUUCAGCUCCUAUGUCAUCAGAGCUACUCUGGACUACCUGAGUAAGUGCCACAGUGCCAACCACAAGUCGCUGGUCACCAUCCUGUCAAAGACCCCGAUGUCAAUCCAAAGGAUUCUGCUGGCAGUGUGUGAAAGAGCAGCAGAGACGACUAACGGCUAUGAACGUCAUCGCAUCCUCCUCAUGUAUCACCUGUUUGUCAACCUGCUGCUUAAAGAAGUGAAGGAUGGUCUGGGAGGGGCCUGGGCCUUUGUCCUCAGAGACAUCAUCUACACACUCAUACACCAAAUCAACGGCAGAUCAGUUCAGUGUGAUGAAGUUUCUACCCGAAGCCUCUCUCUGUGCUGCGACCUCUUGACCUCUGUGUGUCAGGCUGCUCUGCAGUUCUGUGAUGAUGCUCUAGACUGCCACCUACAGGUCAUUGUUGGAACUCUCACUGCUCAGGUGACAAAUCGACCUGCCAUCUCACAGCAGGUGCUCAGUCUGUUGCAGUUCCUUGUGAUAGAGAACCAACAGAAGCUAAAAUUAGCCAUCAGCAGGUUGGAGACUUUCCCAAACCUUCCUGAAUUCAGGGAACUGCGGUCUGUUCAGCACAGACUCAAAUAUAACACUGGGACCUUUACGCUGCAACAGGAGAUUGAGCACUUCCUGUCAGGGACGUCCUGUAACACUUUGCCUCUGACCAGACUGGAGGGACUGAAGGAGCUGACCAGACAGCUGCGUGACAAGAAGGGACAGAUCAGAGGCCUGCUCAAUCAGUGCCACGGUGAGCCCAGUGACAGUGUGCUGGUUAAAUUGGUCCUGAGUCUGCUGCAGUUCUGUAAGCUUGCAACCAACCACCCUGGUGGAGCCGAGAUACUGGAGGCAGCAGGGAGUUGUCUGGGAGGACUGGGUCCUGUAGAUUUGUCCACCAUUGCCCUGCUCCAUGGCAGAGACCCUCUCUAUGAGAAGGCUGUGUCUCUUUUCACUUCCACAGAGUCACAAUGUGUUUACAUCAUUCUCAACUGCCUGAAUGAUGCUCUCACUCAGCAGCGUAUUGAGGUGAGGAAGGCAGCAGUGCAGUGUGUGAAGAACAUCCUUGCAACUCAGUCUGGAGUUGACGUCUGGGAGCAAUACAAAGACAAUAGAGACCCCAUGCUGGCCUACCUUAAUCCCUUCAGAAAGGCAAAGAGCAAGGUGACUGCUGUGAGUGAUCAGGAGAGUUCGGAGGCCAGGGACAAGCUGGAGAGUCAGGAGUUUUGGAUUCCUCAGGCAGGCGGGCACAAGACCUGGCUGAAGGCUCUUUGCACCGCACUGCUGGACAGUGGAGGAGUCAAGAGUGAGGCUCUGCUCCUGUCACGACCGCUGUGUCUGGUGAAAGUGGACUGCUGUCAGAGGUUGCUGCCACUUAUCAUUCACUCCAUCCUCCUGGAAGACUUUGACGGUUCAUGGAGGAAGUUGCUCUCAUCCCACAUACAGGACUUUUUCACUUUCUGCUCCAGAAGUGCAGAGGCCUCCAGUCGCUCUGCCACGCCUCUCAACUCUAACACAGAAUCUGACACAGCCAGCCAGGGCUUAUAUGACAAGGCAUCUCUGCGUACCAUGCUGGCAGUUAUUGACUAUUUAAGACACCAGCAGAGACAACUGAGCUCUGAUAGUAAUUCCUAUGGCACAGUAUGCAACUCAAACUUCUGGUUGGAGCUGAACUACCUGGAGGUAGCCAAAGCUGCUCAAUCCUGUGCAGCUCACUUCACUGCUCUACUGUACACUGAGAUCUACGUUGAUAAAAUCAAAGCUAACAUGGAGGAAAACUGCAGAACAAAGUCCAGAGCGACAUAUAAGAUCAACUUUGAAGAUCACAGCCAGAGCUUCACCAUCUCUAGCCUGACAGAGAAAAGUAUGGGAGACACCAAAAUCAGUCUUCAGGAGCUCCUGAUCGAGGUGUAUCGUAGCAUUGGAGAGCCUGAUAGUUUGUAUGGCUGUGGAGGGGAGACGAUGACCAGUCCUUUGACCAGGAUACGAACCUAUGAGCAUGAGGAGAUGUGGGGGAAAGCCCUGACCUCCUACGACCUUUACUCUUCUCUGCCUGAGGCCACUCGACAAGUGGGAAUCGUGGAGGGCCUGCUGAACUUUGGCCUGAGCAGCAUCCUUGCCACUUACAUGAAAGGUCUGGAGAGUGAGGGCGUGGAGUGGGGGCCUGAACUGAGAGAGCUGCGCUAUCAGGCCGCGUGGAGGAACACCCAGUGGGAUUGUGAGCUGUCGGAGAGGAGUGAGAAAUCAAAACCUGGCUUUCAUGAAUCAGUGUUUUGCUCUCUACAAGCACUGAGAGACAAAGAGUUCUCCAUAUUUGAUGAAAUGCUAAAACAGACCAGGGCUGCAGAGGUGGAGGAGUUGUGCAGAGGCAGUCUGGAGGCUGUGUCCUCCCUGUACCCAUCUCUCAGGAACCUGCAGAUCAUCGGGGAGCUGGAGAGCGUUAAACAGCUCUUCUCCAGACCCUUCUCAGAUGUGACUCUGAGGGAUGUUUGCAGCCAGUGGCGACAGCAUUCCCAGCUACUAACUGACAGUGACUUUGCUUUGGUGGAGCCCAUUCUGGCGGCCCGGUCUGUGGCCCAGCAAACCCUGAUGUCCAGAGUGGAAGACCUCGAGACCAGCCAGUACCUCAGCUCUGUGCUCACUGACCACCUCAUGGAGCUCUGCCAGCUGGCUCACAAGGCUGGGAAUACACAGAGGGCAGAGCAGGCAGUUUACCAGAUGAAACAGCAUGAUGACAGAGGGUCCUGGAUGUCCUCACCUGUGUCGUCAUGGCAAAUCGAGGAAGCCCAGGUGUUCUGGGCAAAGGGAGAGCAGGGUCUGGCUCUGGGCCUGCUAAGACAGAUGAUAAACCACUUGGAGGAAAAGGUGGAUUUUAAUCCGGCUCUUGCUCCAGUUUACACUGAAUGCCUCAGGUUGUGUGGUAACUGGCUCGCCGAGACCUGCUUGGAAAGUCCUGGAGUCAUAGUGGAGAAGUAUCUGCAAAGGGCAGUGGACAUGAUUGAGGGGGAAUCAGGAGUGCAGGACUCCAGGCUGCAGAGUCAGCGGACUGAGGCUUUCCUCUCUCUGGCCCGCUUUUCUGAUGCUCAGUACCAGAGCAUCGACAAAUACAUGAACUCGUCUGAGUUUGAGAACAAGCAGGCCCUGCUGGAGAAGGCCAAAGAGGAGGUGGACUUGAUAAAAGAACGCAAAGUGACCUCAAACAGAUACACAGUAAAGGUGCAAAGAGAGGUGGAGUUGGACGAGAAGGCCCUGUCUAACCUUCAGUCGGACAAACAGCGCUUCCUCUGUAAGGCGGUGGAGAACUACAUUCAGUGUCUGGAGCAGGGCGAGGAACACGACACCUGGGUAUUCCGCCUGGCUUCACUCUGGUUGGAGAAUGCUGACGUCAGAACUGUAAAUGACAUGAUGAAGAAAGGGGUGAAGCAGAUUCCUUCCUACAAGUUUCUGCCUCUCAUGUAUCAGCUGGCUGCUCGCAUGGGAACCAAGAUAACGAGUAUUGCAGAGGAUACAGGCUUCAGUGAUGUGCUCAAUGACCUGAUCUGCCGAACUUCUCAGGAGCACCCACACCACACGCUCUUCAUCAUCUUUGCUCUGGUGAAUGCCAAUAAAGAUGAGAACUUCAGCAGGACCCGGGCAUCAAGGAGCACUCCAAGGCAGCAAUCACAGUUUGAUUUGGAGCGUUCGGACGUGGCCAAAAAGAUCAUCAGUGUGAUCAGAAAAAAGCGAGGUCAGAUGAUUCGAGGGAUCGAGCAUCUGUGUGAUGCCUACAUCACCUUGGCUUACAUGGAUGCCAGUAAACACAAGACCGAGAAGAAAGCUAUUCCCAUCCCUGCUGAUCAGCCCAUCAUGCAGAUCAAAGAUUUGGAUGAAGUUGUCAUCCCCACAAUGGAGAUAAAGGUGGAUCCAACUGGUUGCUAUGACACCCUGGUGACUAUCAGGUCCUUCAUGCCCCAGUAUCGCCUGGCCGGAGGAGUCAACCUCCCCAAAAUCAUUGACUGUGUCGGCUCUGAUGGCAAGAGCAGGAGACAGCUGGUUAAGGGCCAGGAUGACCUGCGGCAGGACGCGGUGAUGCAACAGGUCUUUGGCAUGUGCUCCAUGUUGCUGCAGCGCAACACAGACACUCGUAAGAGGAAGCUCAACAUCAGGCGCUACAAGGUUGUGCCAUUCUCGCAGCGUAGCGGUGUGUUGGAAUGGUGUUCAGGCACUGUUCCCAUCGGGGAGUUUCUGGUGGACUCCAAUAAAGGAGCCCAUAAACGCUUCCGACCCCAGGACUGGGCCCACUUAUCCUGCCGCAAGAAGAUGAUGGAGGCUCACAAACUUGGGUUCGAUGACAAACUCCAGGCCUACACUGAUGUGUGCAAGAACUUCAACCCGGUCUUCAGGUAUUUCUGCAUGGAGCGAUUCCUGGAUCCAGCAGUGUGGAUGGAGAAACGUCUGGCUUACACACGCAGUGUGGCAACCUCCUCUAUAGUUGGGUACAUUGUGGGUCUGGGUGACAGACAUGUCCAGAACAUCCUGGUUGAUGAGCAGACUGCUGAACUGGUGCACAUUGAUUUAGGUGUGGCCUUUGAGCAGGGGAAGAUCCUCCCCACACCAGAAACUGUUCCCUUCAGACUCUCCAGGGACAUUGUGGACGGGAUGGGCAUCACUGGUGUAGAGGGAGUCUUCAGGAGAUGUUGUGAGAAAACCAUGGAGGUGAUGAGGAGCUCUCAGGAAGCUCUGCUGACUAUUGUUGAGGUGCUGCUGUAUGACCCUCUGUUUGACUGGACCAUGAACCCUCUGAAGGCCUUCUACCUGCAGCAUGAGGAGCAACAGGAGCUCAAUGCAACACUGAGCUCCACGAUGGGGGGUGAUGACAUAGACAACCACCGUAAAUCCAGUGACAGUCAGAGUUUUAACAAGGUGGCCGAGCGGGUGCUGCUACGGCUGCAGGAGAAGCUGAAGGGGGUGGAGGAAGGCACGGUGCUCAGCGUGGGAGGGCAGGUCAACCUGCUCAUUCAACAAGCCAUGGACCCCAAAAACCUCAGCAGACUCUUCCCAGGAUGGCAGGCCUGGGUGUAGAGCUGAGAGAAGGUACGCAAGGUCCCUGCCUCAGCCUUCAUGAGGGAGUGGACACAUUCAGCCAAUUGCUGAGUUAAAACUUUUUUCAUAUCUCAUUUCAUUUCAACUUCCUCAGCUGUUGACGGAAGUGAUGUGGUGAGAGAUGAGAGAAAACAUGUGGCCGACUCAAACAAGCUUAAUAAUAUUAUAUAUUAUUAUUUUUUUGUUUGAUAGUGAAGAACGGUUCCUGGGAAACAUAAACUGAUUAUCAUUGUAUUGUAAUCGGCGCUGUCACAAACCUUUGCACUUUAACCCAUUGAAGAAAACGUUCAUCUGUGAAUUGAAAAUCCUGAAUUCUUAACAGUUAAACUAGCCACACUGUCUUGAUUUUUUUUUUUUUCUGUAAAAGUCAAACAUAUUUUGUUUUAUACUCAGUUGAUUGGGAUGUUUUUUUUCUCACUGUUGGACUGAUUGUUUAAAUUGAUUAACCAUUUCCAUACUAUUUUACAUGAAAACCAUGUAUGUAUAAACUGCCUUUAAAUAAACGUAACUUCACCAUUAAAUUCUUCUAUAAACCCGUAA